CCUUCCCUCUUCUUCUACUUCUUCUAAAUCUUCUUCUAAUAAUUCUUCUGUUUCGAUUCACCGAUUCUUGGACGGUGGCAUCGUAACAAAUAAAAAUGCCGUCCUCUUCAUCAUUUACCGUAGUAAUAUUCGUCGCUGUUGCGGCAUUUGCUUGUAUAUCCAAUAAUGUUGUCAAUGCAUUAACAGCACAACAUGUCAUUGACUCUCCGUUAUUAACAGAGAAGAUUGGCACUAAUCGAACCAUUAAAGUCGAUAUUAGUGGUAAAGGAGACUUUACAUCUGUUCAAGCUGCUAUUGAUUCAGUUCCAGCUGGAAAUUCUCAAUGGAUCAUCAUUCAUGUUAGGAAAGGACUCUACAGAGAAAAAGUGCAUAUACCAGAAAACAAGCCAUACAUAUUCUUGAGAGGAAAUGGAAAAGGAAGAUCACACAUCAUGUGGAACGAAAGCGCUACCGAUAACCUAGAAUCUGCAACUCUCAGGGUUGAAGCUAACAACUUCAUUGCUUUCGGUAUUAGUUUCAAGAAUGAGGCGGCCAUUGGAAUGCCCUUCACUUCUACAAAUCAAUCAGUGGCUGCAUUGGUGGGUGCCGAUAAAGUUGCAUUCUAUCACUGUGGAUUCUACAGCGCUCACAAUACCCUUUUCGAUUACAAAGGCAGGCACUACUAUGACAAUUGUUACAUACAGGGCACAAUAGACUUCAUCUUUGGUCGCGGUCAAUCAAUCUUUCACAGCUGUGAAAUCUUUGUGGUUGGCGAUAAAAGAGUAGAAAUUCAUGGGUCAAUCACUGCACAAAACAAGCAAACACAAGAGGAAGACAGUGGUUUUGUGUUUCUUAAAGGAAAGGUUUAUGGUAUUGGUAGUAGCUACUUGGGUAGGGCUAGGGGUGCCUAUUCUAGGGUUGUUUUUGCGAAGACUUACCUAUCUAGGGCUAUUGUCCCUGAGGGUUGGACCAACUGGAGCUACGUCGGACCAACUAAGGAUUUAUUCCACGCGGAAUACGACACUCAUGGACCAGGAGCAGAACAAGAAGGAAGAGCAGCAUGGUCUAAGCAGUUGACGGAGAAAGAAGCUGCACCAUUCAUGUCUAUUGAUUUCAUUAGUGGCAAAGAAUGGUUGCCUGUUUAUAACGAAGAUUAAUUUUCAUUUCUUCUAUAUAAUACAAUACGUUAACAACCCUGUAAUUCGGUUUUAAUUCCACGCAUCGAUCUAAUUCUGUAAUAUUCAUUGGUUUUGGUUAAGUAAUGUUGUAUCAUGUAUAUCACAGAUUUACCCAAUAUAAUUGCCAGCAACUGAUUAUAUUGGACAGUUCACUUACA